CAAUCAAAACUUGUAUAUAAGACGUUGAGAAAUCUACACAGCACAUUAUCAUUUCAUUGUUGCUAGUGGUCAUUGUAAGAGGUCGAACAAAAUGAACCGUUUAUUUCUGAUAGUUUUAUUGGCCCCGGCCAUUUCAGCUUUCCUAUUGGACACACUUGGACUGGACACCAACGUACAGACCGUAACGGAAUUGGACGUCUCUAAAUAUCUCGGACGCUGGUACCAGAUGUAUGCCAGCCAGUCAGUGUUUGCAACAUUCGAACGUGGAGCUGUGUGUGUCACAGCUGACUAUACAAUGUCGACCGACGGGUCCGGAAAAAUCAUUGUGCUUAACUCGGAGAGGUUAAAGAACGGGAAUGGCAGCCCUAAGAUUAUCCAUGGAUAUGCAACACCUUCCGGAGAAGUGGGCAAGCUGAGUGUCCACCUGGAGACUGUGGCCUUCAGCGCGCCUUACUGGGUUGUGCAGCUCGGACCCGCCACGUUCGGACCGAAUAACACAUACGAAUAUGCAGUAGUGACCGACAAUUUUAAGGCAACACUAUUUGUGCUAGCCAGGGAUCCUGACCAAUUCAAGCUUCUCCAUGAAGCAAGCGUUCUUCAGUACCUGAAUGAUAACGGCUUCACAAAACCUUUGAACAAGCCAAUCAGCACCUACCACGGAGACGACUGCCUUUACAACGAGAAUCAUCAAUGAUGUCACAAAAAGAAAUUACGCGCCAUAAUGAUACAAGCAUAUCAUUUCAAUGUACAUAACAUAUAUCAACAUAUUCAUUAUCAUCAGAUGUCUAUUGUAUUUGUAAAUAAAUAAUGAAAUAUU